AUGAAUGAAGGUGAGAAGAUCGACUUGUCAAAAGGGAAAGUGAUUGGGAAUGGCGGCUUUGGGAUGGUUCAUCUUUUUGAGCAAAAUAACCCACCUUACGUGGUGAAGGUGAUACCUUGUGUUGAUGAGAAACGAGUACGGUAUUACGAACAGGAAUGGGCAGCAAUGACAAGCCUCAAACAUACAAACAUCGUUCGAGCAUUUCGAACGGCUGCACUUCCCCACGAUAAUCAUCCAAUGUUCGCUAUUGUCAUGGAAUAUUGUCUAUAUGGGUCUCUGGAAAAAAUUGUUUUUGGCUCAAGAUGGGUUUACACAAUGAGAACGGUCACUUGUUGGGCCGAACAAAUAUUUGGAGCUCUGGAAUAUCUCCAUGGAACACACGGAAUUCAUCGAGAUAUCAAACCACAAAACAUCUUGGUGAGCGAAGAUUUCACGUUGAAACUCGGGGACUUUGGUUGUGUGAAGGAGACACGGUUCAGCCAAACGACUGGGACACUGAUUGGCACGGAACGAUACAUGAAUCCGUUGGAAAAUGGCAAAAAGAUUUCCCAUAAAAACGAUGUUUAUUCGAUGGGACUGGUGAUGUGGGAGAUGAUUGAAAGGAGAAGAGUCUGGAGUACAAUCGAGCAAUACCGAGCAACUAAUGGAGGAUUUAACUUAGAAGUAUUCUCCAAUGAUGUUAAGAAGAAAAAAUUGAAAAAUGUUCAACCACCUCCUCUGUGUGGCUCGGAAAUCAAGAAGAUCGUGGAGGAAUGCACGCGUUUUAAGCAGAGCAGCCGACCGACGGCUAGCGAUGUUUAUCAGCAAUUGCGUGCGUUGAAUGAGAUGGCCUCGCCCCAUUUCUUUGCCCCGAAGCCUGUUGAUAAUCAAAGCGUCUGUAUUCGACCGAUCGGGUUCAACGAUGGAAUCGACAAAGUCGCAAUAGAUGAACAUGAGGGUUUGACUCCACCACCCAUUUCCACGUUCAGCGUCUACCCACAGCAAGCUGAAGUUGUGCCAAUGCUAGAAGAACCUUUGCUCUGUUAU